AUGGCAUUUGUGUUUAGAAGUGAAGUUAAACCAGCAUACAUUCCAAAGACCGAAAAUGUUGGACCUGGAUAAUAUGAGCACAAUUAAGAAUCGGAAUCAAAACAAAAUCUAUAUCCAUUUAAUUCAACGGUCCAAAAAUCCACUAACCAUAAUUAAAUAACCAAAGGACCAGGACCUGGGACUUAUAAUUUAUAAGGAUCUUUUGAAACUUAAAAAGUUAUCUUCUCAUCGGAUGAAUAAGAAAUCAAGAUUUUGGAAGUGCCUAAACCAAUAUCUGUAUUCAGGUCAAGUACAUUGAGAUUUAAGGAAGAGCGAUAAAAUGGACCGGGUCCUAAUCAAUAUUUUAUAGAAGAGCGUAAAAAGUUCUAUUAAGCAAAUCCGAAACCUAAAAUAAAUGUAAUGGAAUAAUUAGUGAAAGAAAACAAAUAUAUUAGUAUACCAUCCAUACCAUCUAAUUAUCACCUUGGAUAUUAAGAAAAUUCAGAAUCAAUCUUAGAACAAAAUAAUCCUUUGAAUUUGUCCUAGGAAGUUGGACCUGGCUCUUAUGAUGUAAAAAGUAGUUUCAGUAACCAAAAACCAAGAGGAGUGUCUUGGCAUAAAUCAGCAUAAAAGCAAAAAUACAUUGAUACUGAGAAUAAAGUUGGACCUGGCUAUUAUGAUAUUAUUACUAAUUCUUAGCCGAUGUAUCAAAUGAAACCAACAACAUCCUUUAGUUCCAAAUUAAGCAGAUAAUCAGAAUUGAAAUUUUUGAAUCCUAAAAAUAACUAAGGAUACAUAAAAAAAGGAUUAGAUAAUAAAUCAUAUAGCUUUCAUCUUUCAACCAAUUCUGGUACUACAGCUAGAGAUUCAGACCUUGAAUCAGAAUAUAGUUACAUUGAAGAUGCCACUCCAGGACCUGGUUACUAUGAAAAUGCUUCAACACAAUAGACAAUAUCAUAAAAUCUUAAAUAAUCUUAGAUCAAAGGUUCAAUAAGAUCCAGGGCUAAAAGAUUUCUGGCUAAAUCAAAUCAAAUACCUGGUCCAGGAAGCUACAAAGUAGAUGUAGUAUAGCAUAAACAUUAAGUUACUUAACCACCCUUUAUGAUUGGCAGAACUCGUUUCGAUGAUAAAAUAUCAGAGACUCCUCCUCCCGGAAAUUAUAAAGUAAUCAAUACAAUGGAAGAAAGAUUAAUAUCAAGAUUGGUAAAGGCACCUUUAGGUUAGUUUGGAGCGAAUGAUAAUAGAUUCAAGGAUUCAAAGAUGGAAGUACCUGGACCUGGUACUUAUGAAAUAAUGGAUGAAGAAAGAAGAAAUAAAUAUAAAAACGGAUUGAAAGGGACAGCAAGCUUUUUAAGUCAUAUACCAAAAAUUUAAGAGUUGAUUAUUGCAGAUAGGAAUCUUUCACCUGUGUCAUAUCAAUUGGAUUAACAUACAAUAGAAAAAAGAAUAGUCAAGACAGAAGAGGAUAAUCCGAAAUUAGCUGUAGUGAAGCCUCCAUUUGGUGUAGGUGAGGAAAGAUGGAAAAUCAAAGAGGAGAGUGAAGAAGAUGAUGAUGAUGAACCUAUAUAUAUGAAUAAAUCGUAGAUUAAUUCAAUUAAUUUAUUCAAAAAGAGGAAAAAAGAUUAGCCUCCUUUUUUGACUAAGGAGGAAAGAUUUGCUUUCAGUGUACCAAAAGAUUUUCAACCUGGACCAUCAGACUAUGCAGAUGGAACUUUCCCUCAUUGGAAUAAGAGAACUUUUAAUCUCUUAUUCGCAGAAAUUUGA